AUGACUGUUGACUGGUCCAAGUAUCUCAGCCAUGAAGCAACCCUUCGUGAGCCAUCUGUGAUGAAAAUGAUGGGUAGAUUUGGAAAGAUUAUUUCAUUGGGAGCCGGACUGCCUCACCCUGACUGUUUCCCCCUGAAGUCGGUUAGUUUUGAUUUCCUCUCGCCAAAGACCGGAUUUUCGUCAACAGAAAAAGUUGACGUCCCAGACAACGAGUUGUUAUAUGAGGCCCUGCAGUAUACUUCAGGUAGAGGAACCUCGUAUUUUGACGAGUUUAGCAAGAAACAUAUCGAAACAUAUCACAAACCACUUUACAAUGAUUGGGACAUUGUUGUCACUGCCGGAGCUACACAGUCUCUGGAUGCCGUGUUGCGACUACUUUGUGACCCGAACGAAGACACCAUCCUCUCUGAAGAGUUUACCUAUCCUGCUUUUUUGGAGACCUGCAGUCCAAUGAGGUUGAAAGUGUUCCCUGUUAAAGUAGACGAGCACGGUGUUUGCCCAAAAGAUUUGGACAAAUUGUUGGUUGAUUGGAGUGGACCUCACAAGAAACCCAAGCUCAUUUACACCAUGCCCGUGGGGCAGAAUCCACUUGGAAUCACUAUGUCGCUUGAAAGAAGGGGUGAGUUCUAUGAGGUUUGCAGGAAGCACGAUUUGAUCAUCGUGGAGGAUGAUCCAUAUUACCAUUUGCAACUUGACUACGAGGAGAAGCUUCCAAGUCUGUUGAAAUUUGAUACUGAUGGAAGAGUCAUCAGAUUCGACUCGUUUUCCAAGAUCAUGACGCCGGGUGCCAGAUGCUCAAUUGUGACUGCAAACAAGGUAUUUGUUGAUAAAUUAGUGGUGCACAACGAAGUUAGUAUUCAUUCCUCGGCCGCUCCAUCUCAACUGAUAUUGCACGAACUUUUGAAAACGUGGGAGGCCCAGGGAUUUGAGAAAUGGGUGGAGCAUUUGGGUAACCACUACAGAAAGAGAAGAGCCCUGCUCAAUAGCGCAUUCGAAAGGUUCCUGCCAAAAGAUCUCUGCUCAUGGAACCUACCUGACUCCGGAAUGUUUCUGUGGGUUGAGAUCAAACAGGAAGCUUUUGCAAAGCCUGAAAACAUACCAGCAAGUCAAUGGGCUACAGAACUGGAAAACAUGAUUUUUGAUGCCAACAUUGAUAAGGGUGUGCUUCUGGCCAAGGGCCACUGGUUCAUGGUCGACCAAACCCUCCAAAAAGUUGGUUUUAGAGCAACUUACGCCUUUGCCGAGGAAGAGGAGCUUGUGGAAGCCAGCCAGCGCUUUGGUGAAGCUCUAAGAUCUAUAAAUGCAAAACUAGCUACAUAA